AUGAGGAUUUUCUUCAAUGCCUUCAUUAUCAAAACUCUGACGCCAUUUCUAAGGUUCAACACAAGUGCCACCCCGAAACCACUAGUUAUUGUUACACCUCUAAAUGUAGCCCACAUUCAAGCUGCCAUUACUUGUUCCCAGAAACAUGGCCUGCAAAUUAGAGUCCGCAGUGGUGGCCAUGACUACGAGGGUCUCUCUUAUGUUGCUGUUAUACCCUUCGUGGUUGUUGAUCUAAUCAAUAUGCGAACAGUUACUGUUGAUGUAGCAAAUAAAACUGCAUGGGUUCAAGGUGGGGCUACUUUAGGCGAAGUUUACUAUAGAAUUGCCGAGAAAAGUAGAACUCUUGCCUUCCCAGCGGGUGUUUGCCCUACAGUGGGAGUUGGUGGUCACAUUAGCGGAGGAGGAACUGGCAUGAUCAUGCGUAAAUAUGGCCUCGCUGUAGAUCAUAUUAUUGAUGCACAAUUAAUCGAUGUCAAGGGUAGAAUCCUUGAUAGAGCAUCAAUGGGAGAAGAUCUCUUUUGGGCUAUUCGAGGCGGUGGAGGAAAUACCUUUGGAGUAGUUGUUGCUUGGAAACUAGAAUUGGUUCCAAUUCCAGCUUCUGUAACUGUCUUCAAUGUCACAAGAAUAUUAAUGAAAGAAGAUGCAACAAAACUCAUUCAUCAAUGGCAAUACGCAAUAGAAAAGUUCGACGAAGAUUUAUUCUCAAGAAUUUUCAUAUGGAGAUCAGCUAACUCUACUCAAGAAGGAAAGCCAAUGAUACAGGCUGCAUUCACUUCUUUGUUUCUUGGCGGUGUAGAUAGACUUCUUUCUUAUAUGCAAGAGAGCUUUCCCGAGCUUGGUUUGGUGAGAGAGGAUUGCAUUGAAAUGAGUUGGAUCGAGUCUACAGUCUACUUUGCUCAAUUUCCUCGUAAUACAUCCUUGGAAGUGUUGCUUAAUAGGGGUCCUCGAUCCACAAACUUUUUCAAAGGAAAAACUGACUUUGUUAAGGAACCUAUACCUAAAACUGCAUUGGAAGGAAUAUGGGAAAGGCUUGACCAAGUCGAUGCCGAAUCGGCUGAAUUGCAAUUCACUGCCUAUGGAGGAAAGAUGAACGAAAUUGCAGAAUCCAGCACUCCAUUUCCUCAUAGAGCCGGAACUCUAUACCAAAUUCAUUAUGCAAUCUCUUGGGAUGAAGAAGGCAUUGAGGCAUAUGCAAAAUAUAUAAGUUGGAUCAGAAGGCUUUACAGCUACAUGGCGCCUUAUGUCUCAAAAAAUCCCAGACAAGCAUAUGUCAACUAUAGAGAUCUUGACCUAGGAGUGAACAACCUAGGCAACACAAGUUACAGACAAGCUAGCAUUUGGGGUACCAAAUAUUUCAAGAACAACUUCGACAGGUUGGUGCGAGUCAAGACCGCAGUUGAUCCAGCUAAUUUCUUUAGAAAUGAACAAAGCAUUCCUCCUUUAUCAUCGUGGUGAUAGAAGAUUACUGAGUAUAGUUAUAUAGAAAAUAUGACUGGUAAUAAAUUAAAUAUUUGGUUAUUUUAUGUAUAAAAUUUAAUGCUGUAUGGGGUUGUACGGACGUGCCAUCUGACGUGCUUGUCUUAUAAGAUUACAGCAUACCCUAAUAAAGAUAAAUCAAUUAAUAUAUA